AUGACUACAUCGAUAUUUUUUGCUGCAACUGAACACUUUCUAUAUCUUACUGCUCUUCUAUUCCCCCCUGUUUUCUGCAUUGUCGGUUUAGUUAUUUUUCUGGCUACCUUCGGAAAAUCGCUUGGACUACGAGAGCGUUAUGUUAGCAUUCUGUUGAGAAUUUUUGAGUGGGGUGCCGGUGAACUUCAAACGUCUCAGGAUGUUACUAGAAGUAUGUCUUUUGACCUUGGUGCUGCAGAAGGUGAUGAAGAUGACUUGGAAUAUUUUGAGAAUGUUGAUGCUGGUCAUUACUGUUCUCUGGACUUGAGUUCAACACAAAGUCCAACGGAUUCUGGUUUGAUACUUGACUCUCCAUUGGCUCGUUCGCUAAAUUCUUUACCAAGUCUUCGUAAAUCUUCAAUGCACAAUGGAAGUUCAACAACGAUACAUCUGGACGAAGAUGAGCAUUUGGAAAGAACUCUAGUCAAUUCACGGGGUUGGCAAGUUAUUCGUGAUUCACUCUACUUUAUGAAGGCGGGUAUUGAGGCCAUCAUCGAGGAUGAGGUGACUAGUCGUUUUCGAGCUGAGCAACUUGCUUCAUGGAAUAUGUUGACGCGUACAAGUGUCAACUUUUAUCAAUUCGUUAAUUGGAAGUUGGCAAUUCUUUGGGGUUUAGGCUUUUUAUUCCGCUAUUUCUUUUUGCUUCCUAUGCGUCUAAUUAUAUUUUCUGUUGGACUUAUUACUGUUUGUAUGCGAAUUGGCUCACGUGCCUUCUCUGCAAUUAUUUACUUUCAUGACAUCGAAAACAAGGCCACGAGUGGAGGCAUUUGUGUUGCAAAUCAUACUUCUCCUAUUGAUGUCAUGAUUUUAGCAACAGAUGCUGCUUAUGCUUUAAUUGGACAGAGCCAUGAUGGUUUUCUUGGCGCUAUUCAGAGGGCGCUAAGUCGGGCGAGUUCACACAUCUGGUUUGAGCGUUCUGAAGCAAAGGAUCGUUCUUUAGUAGCAAAAAGACUGCAUGACCACGUUAAUGAUCCAACAAAGUUACCAGUUCUUAUCUUCCCCGAAGGAACAUGUAUCAAUAACACUUCUGUUAUGAUGUUCAAAAAGGGAUCAUUUGAAGUUGACACAAAUAUUUAUCCAAUAGCCAUGAAAUACGAUUCACGAUUUGGAGAUGCCUUUUGGAAUUCAAGUGAACAAAGUUAUUUUGAGUAUUUAAUGCAAAUGAUGUCAUCAUGGGCAUUAAUUUGUAACCCGGAUGAAUCAGCUAUUGAAUUUGCAAAUCGAGUAAAAAAAGCAAUAGCCGUACGUGGUGGUUUGGUCGAUUUGGAGUGGGACGGGCAAUUAAAACGAUAUAAAGUUCCAGCAAAAAUGCUCGAUAUGCAACGAGAAAGAUAUUAUCAGCGUUAUCAACGUUAUACUUCUUUGUCUGAACCGUUUCAACCAGACGAGGCCGAGGAAUUAAUAAGAUCUUCUUCCGUUGAUGUAAUAGACGAUGAGGUUAAUGAAGCUUUUUCAAACCCUUGGGAUCAAGAUGUUUUAAGAGCUCAAAAAAUGUGUGAGGAUAAAGACAAUAGGACCGCUUGUGAGAACGUUGUUCAUUGA